UACUCGAUUUGAUUCCUACGGUACCUUAGUCUCUUGAUACAGCUAAAUUCCUUAAUCUAGUAGGCAGCCAUGGCCAUGGCCAUAGAUAACGCCUUGGAGUUCGAGGUCGACUUCUCUUCUUACAGUACCAGCACAACCACCACCACUACUACAGAUGAUGACCCUGCACGUGCCUGGAACGACUGGUGUUCCCCAGUUGUUGAUUGGGGCUCGUUAUCGAGCGACCGUGACGAGUUUCAAGAUCUCAUUGAGUCCAUGAUGGAUGAUGGAACAGGGUUCGAGUUGGCUCAAGUCGAGAAUGAGUCGAGUGACUCUGUUUCUGUUUCUGUUUCUGUUUCUGCCUCGACUGAUAGGAUUAUUGCGGAUGAUGAAACGAACAGUGGGGAUUUGAAGGGGUUGAGAUUGGUUCACUUAUUGAUGGCUGCUGCCGAGGGGCUCAUGGGAGCUACCAAGAGCCGUGAACUAGCUCGGGUGAUAUUCGUUCGACUCAAGGAGUUGGUAUCCCCCAAUGAUGGAACCAACAUGGAAAGGUUGGCAGCCUACUUCACCGAGGCCUUACAAGGUCUACUCGAAGGCUCCGGUGGUGACUAUUCCAAAUGUUUGAUAACCAAUGGAACUCAUCAUCACCGUGACAGACACCAUCAAUCAGACAUGAUUGCGGCGUUUCAGCUGUUGCAGGACAUGUCACCAUAUGUGAAAUUCGGUCACUUCACGGCCAAUCAAGCUAUCCUGGAAGCAGCGAGUCAUGACAGGAGGAUCCACAUAGUGGACUACGACAUCAUGGAAGGGAUCCAAUGGGCGUCUUUGAUGCAAGCUUUGGUGUGUAGGGAAGGACCACCAACCCCACAUCUUAGGAUCACGGCUUUAUCAAGAGGUAGUAACGGCUGUCGAUCAUUUGGGACCAUUCAAGAGACUGGUCGACGGUUAGCCGCUUUCGCGGCCUCUAUUGGGCAGCCUUUUUCUUUCCAUCAGUAUAAGCUGGACUCCGAUGAAACAUUUAGACCGUCGGGCGUGAAGUUAGUACAAGGUGAGGCCUUGGUGAUCAAUUGUAUGUUGCACUCGCCUCACUUCAGCCACCGAGCACCUGGUUCGGUCGCUUCGUUCUUAUCCGGCGCCAAGACUCUGAAUCCAAGAUUGGUGACCGUGGUGGAAGAAGAAGUGGGACACGUGGGAAAUGGAGAGUUCAUGGGACGGUUCAUGGACUCAUUGCACCAUUACUCAGCCAUGUUCGACUCAUUAGAAGCCGGAUUCCCUACGCAAUGCAGGGCUCGAACCUUGGUCGAAAGACUAAUUCUGGGGCCUCGAAUAGCCGGAUCCUUGAACCGGAUUUACCGGACCCGAAACGAAGACGAGAGUGGACCCUGGUGGGAAUGGUUAAAUAGAGUAGGUUACAAGGCAGUUAACAUCAGCUUUGGUAAUCAUUGUCAAGCAAAGCUUCUGGUAGGAUUAUUCAAUGAUGGAUUUAGAGUGGAGGAGUUGGCCAAUAACAGGCUCGUAUUAGGCUGGAAAUCCAGGCGUUUGCUCUCUGCUUCCAUAUGGACGUCUCCUCCAUACUCUGAUCUGUAAAAAAAAGAAAUUAUAUACGCAUACGCUGUCGUUUCCUUUGUC